GGGGUCCCUGGGAUGACCAAAGGAGGAAUGGAGUCAGUGGAAGUGUUCGCCACCGAAGGCAAAGGCAGGGGGUUGAAAGCCCAGAAGGAAUUCUUGCCUGGGGAUGUCAUCUUUGCCGAGCCAGCGUACGCGGCCGUGGUUUUUGACAGCCUGACACACGUCAUCUGUCACACAUGCUUCAAGAGGCAGGAGAGGCUCCACCGCUGCGGGCAGUGCAAGUUUGCCUAUUACUGUGACAGGACCUGCCAGAGAGCAGCCUGGCUCAACCACAAAAAUGAGUGCUCUGCCAUCAAGAGGCACGGCAAGGCACCCACCGAAAACAUCAGGCUGGCCGCACGCAUCCUGUGGAAGAUCGAGAGGGAGGGCAGYGGGCUGUCCGAGGGCUGCCUGGUGUCCAUCGAUGAGCUGCAGAACCACGUGGACAGCUUUGGAGAYGAGGAGAAGAAGGAAUUGCGUGCGGAUGUGGAGAGUUUCCUGGAGUUCUGGCCACCCCACUGCCAGCAGUUCGGGAUGCAGUUCAUCUCCCACAUAUUCGGAGUGAUCAGCUGCAAUGGCUUUACCCUCAGUGACCAAAGAGGACUGCAGGCUGUUGGAGUGGGAAUCUUCCCCAACCUCUGCCAGGCCAACCACGACUGCUGGCCCAACUGCACCGUUGUCUUCAACAAUGGCAAUCAUGAGGCUGUAAGAUCAAUGUUCCACACACAGAUGAGGAUCGAGCUGAGGGCUCUGAACAAGAUUUCUCCAGGGGAUGAGCUGACGGUUUCCUACGUGGAUUUCCUCAACCUGAGCGAGGAGCGGCGCAAGCAGCUGAAGAAGCAAUAUUACUUCGACUGCACGUGUGAGCACUGCAAGAAACAGCUCAAGGAUGACCUGAUGCUGGCAGUGAAGGCAGGGGACAGCAAGCCCUCUGCAGAUGUGGUGAAGGAGGUGACCCAGCUCUCCAAGGACACGCUGGAGAAGAUCAACAAGGCCCGCAUGGAGGGACAUUACCAUGAGGUUGUGAAGCUGUGCCGUGACUGCCUGAAGAAGCAGGAGCCUGUGCUGGGGGACACCAACAUUUACCUGCUGAGGAUCCUCAGCAUUGCCUCCGAGGUGCUCUCCUACCUCCAGAUGUUUGAGGAAGCAGCUGACUAUGCCAAGAGGAUGGUGGAUGGCUACCUGAAAAUAUACCAUCCCAACAACGCUCAGCUGGGCAUGGCYGUGAUGCGGGCGGGAGUGACUCACUGGCACGCUGGCCUCAUUGAAGCUGGCCACGGCUUGAUCUGCAAAGCCUAUGCCAUUCUCCUGAUCACCCAUGGACCUUCCCACCCAAUUACCAAAGAUCUGGAGGUCAUGCGUGUCCAGACGGAGAUGGAGCUGCGCAUGUUCCAGCAGAACGAGUUCAUGUAYUACAAGAUGAGGGAAGCUGCCCUCAAAAACCAGAAGAUCCAAGUSAUGCCUGAACCCAGCAAUGAGAAUGCACCAAGCCUCUUCCACAAAAAGGAAUAAACCCUGAGCUUGACAUCAAUUAAUGCCUGUGGAGUAACAUCACCCGUGGCACUUCCAAACAUUGGGAAUGUGAUGCAGCAAUGUGAUACAUCCUUAAGGAUUGUUUCCAGUGGCAUGGACCUGCUGGGGGAGCAGCCUGAAAAAUCUUCUGAGGGCUUAAAGCAGAAGAGGUCCUGGCAGAAACAACAUCCUUUUUUUCUAUCACUAAGGCAUUAAAAAUCAAAGCAAAAAACCCUGUUAUAAAAUUAUUUACAUUUGCAUUGKAAGCCUGUUACUCUCUACACAAGUUCUGGUUCUGAAUUCCUUUGUAAAUUUUAAUUGAUUUUUCCUAAGAGGUUCUACCACUUUCUUUGGAUGACAUAAUUUCUUUCCAGUGGUGUCCAUGGGAUGGUACAAGUGGGAAGCCAGUUGCAAGAAGUGUCAUGUACA